AUAUACAUGCACACACUCUCACACAGACACAUGCACACACACAAAAAUAAGUAAUGUGUGCAGCUGUGAAGAGCCCCAAGGUGAGGAUGUGGCUCCAUGGAAACUUCUCAUCAAAGUCUCCCUCCCGUUCUCCACCCUCUUCUGCUCUGGGCGCCUUUGGCUUGUUUCCUCACUUAUCCUUGUUUGGUUCAUCAAGAGCUUGGGUUCUGGAGUCACACAGCUGACCCUGACUCCAUAGCAUGCACACGAUUCUAGGUUUGGGCUGUGAGGGCAAUCUAGUCUGCCUUUAUCCGUCACCCGUUGACAGCCAGAGCUGAUGGAGUGGCUCUGGCUGGUCAGGCAGGUGCCCCCUUUCUUCUUCUCUGUACUGUGGGUGUCCAUCGUGGUUGAAGAAGACGGCUUUGCUCUAACAGGAGGGCUGCUCUUUGAUGAGGAUAGCAGUAACUGUGCUGCCCUUAGGUCUCCAGAUGAGCUCUGAGGAUUCUAGGGUCAAUCCCUAGUGCUGUUCUCUUUUGGGGGAGUGAGGGGAAUACAAGGUUUUGAAUGCUAUGCCCUGCCCUGUUGGGCACUUUUAUAGUAAAGGUGCAUGUGUGUCGUGUGAUAGGAGUCACACACAGAAACAGCAGCACUGCUGGCCUGCACAACUGCUUGAACUGCCUGCCCACUGUGUGUGGGACUGUUCAGUGGUGAAGACUUCGCUUGUUAUGUGAAGGGUUGGGUGCUCUUUCUACCAGAAAAAGGAAACAGGCAGGGUCUGACUAGCCCCUCAAGGAUCCGGUGCUUCCAAGAGUGAGCUGAUUGCAUUUCAAGUCCAUGCUUUUCUCUGCAGACACUUCAGAAUGGCCUGGAGCCCCAUGUGCCGGGUUGGGAAGGAGUAGAAAUGUGAGGUCUACCUGGGUUGCAUUUCCUGGACUAAAGCCGAACAGGAUGGCCUGACGUGGCCACUCCUACCCUCCUUGCCAGCUUCCUGGGUUGCCACUCGCAACCUCCUUAUCCGUGCUAGUCUCUGAGGGAAAUAAGGCUGUGCCUGUGCAGGUUUGAGUCUUGAGGUUGGUCCCAGUGCUCUGCAGGUGGCUUCCUGCCAGGUUAGACAUCCCCCUGUCAUCCCACCAGUGCCCAGACCUGCUGAUGGCAGCCUAGCAUCCCUCUGUUGUCCUGGAGCGCUCUGUAGAUCCAGAAUUCCUGUCGGGCUUUCCUUCCUUCCUUCCCCAGCAGCUCAGCUCCCUCACCAUGACUGCCUGGGCUGCUCUCCUUUCUCACAUGAACUCACCCGCUGUCACACGCUUUCCAUGGCUUCCUGAGGCUGCCAAGGUCAGCUUACACUAAGGCAGCCUGAGAAGGGGUGCUGGUCUGUUUCUGGUCAUUGGUCACCAAUGAAUCGUCAUUGGGGCUCCAUCUGGUCCACAGUCUGGGUGUGGUUCCUGUUCCCACCAAGAAUAGUUAGGAGCAUCCUCCAGAGUCCAGUAGAAGCCCAUGCAUACCUGAACGUGCUAUCCUGUAGGGUAAAAGGGACGAGACUCAAGUUGUUACCCACCAAGCCGUUGACAUGAGAGCACCCCAGAGGGCUGUGCAUGGCAAAGACCAGCUGGGCAUCUUAGUGAGGUUGGGGCAACACAUAGGGCCCAGGGGUGUCUCUGAACCGCAUCUGGGCUGCACACUGAGGCAAGGCCUUGUGCUCAGGCCCAUUUCAUUUCCCCUGCGUGAGUUUGGUAACCACAAGAGGGCUUUGUGUAGCUUCUCUCUCCAGGCUGUCCAUGCGUAAUAUCCAGAACAGCAAUGGGAAACUAAUCAGCGAGCAGAAUGGCCCUAGGAAACAAUGACCUGUUCGGAGAUUUGCAGAACUGAAAAGCAUCUCCUGAGCAGGCAGUGGGAUCAAGUGUGUCUUUAAUCACAGACCUCCACCCGGGAGAAGGCACCCACUGGCCUGCACUCGCCCUUCCUUCCCCCAUGCAUACCUCCUCUCCCUUCAGCUCCAGGCAUGGAAGAUGGCCUUGGAAUCUGCGUCUUCCACCCAGAUCAGCAGGUUCCUGAAGGCUUCAAGGAAAAGCCAAUUUAGGGAAGGCUCCAUGGCCCUAGGUGAAGAUGUGGCCGAGGCAGACGCAUCUGUCAACACGAAGGUCCCGUCCUGUGGCAGGUGGAAUUCUGGGGAACAGGAGCUGCUGCCCCCAGGGCCUGAGCCACAGCAGCCCCCGCAUCUGGAAGUCAAGGGAGGGCCGCUGUGGAGGGCUGAGGCUGAUACCUGCUGCAUCUCUGGAGUUUUCUUAUCAGAGACCAACACUGCCAACCGAGAACCGGUGGUACACAGGUCUGAGCCUGCCCUCAAUGGCCCACUUCCUUCUGCCAGCAUGGAGACUGGAGACUUUCAUCUCUCUGGGGGGAGCCACAUGGAGGAAAACAAGCUUCCUGCCUCCCAGGACCUACUUCAGAGGGUUAAAGUCCUUGGAACUAUAACUGUUUGCUCAGGGCAUGAUGCGGACAGUGAAGACGACCUGUCCCCAGUUGAUUCACCUCGGGUGCUGGGCCUCAGCCAGCAGCUUCACAUCUCACAGGGGAAGUCCAUGGAGAGCCCAGGUGCUCCCCAGCUCUCUGGCAGAAGCAUCUCUGCCUCCUCAAUGCGCACCAGCCUCCAGGAUCACCAAGAGAAGGCAGAGCCUCAAAGUAGCGCCUUUGCCAAGGUCUCCUCUCAGGAGUUGAUUGUACCUCAAGGAGCCCCCUCUGUGGUGGCGACAGGGCCUCAGCCCCUGUGGUCACCACAGCCUGUGACUCCUGGGGGUGAGGCUACCGGCCUGGGUAAGAGACAACUCUCCUUCCAGGCAGAGUACUGGGCCUGUGUGCUGCCAAAUUCUCUGCCUCCCUCUCCUAACCGCCACUCCCCGCUCUGGAACCCAAAUAAAGAGUAUGAAGAUCUCCUUGACUACACUUACCCACUGAGGCCUGGGCCUCAGCUCCCAAAGCAACUGGAGCAUCAUGUGCUGGCUGAUCCUGUCAUGCAGGACUCAGGUGUAGAUCUGGACAGCUUUUCCGUCUCCCCAGCGAGCACUCUCAAGUCCCCCACUAAUAUCUCCCACAACUGCUUAUCAGCAGAAGUGCCUGCUCUGCCCUUUUCUGGAGCCAAGGACCCGUGCCUGAAGCGUUGGCCCUUGGGAGUAUCCCAGAAGCAGGACAGCAUAAGCCUGGCAUCUUGGAACCAGCAUGCAUCAACCCCUAGAGCCUCUGGCACUGAGAAUGCUUCCCGGGAGAAGAGAGAGGCAGCCCGGAGGGACACAAAGGACUCUCUACCUACAGGCAAGAAACUCACUGUGGGCUCUCCCCAGCUGAGGACAAAGGAGAGGGGGUCACCCUUUGCCAGACUAGAAAGGGAGCAGAGAGCCUGCCAGAAUGUUGGGCAUCCCUCCUGUGUGAAGCCUGGGUGGACAUCAGAAGAAGAGAUGGGAAGUGAUGAUGAGUACCUUGCCCUGCCCACCAGGCUGACUCCGGUGUCUAGUUUGGUGUCCAGCUUAGGUGCCGUUCCCACCUUUGUGAACCUGCCCACUGGGGCUGCUGAGGAGCACAGUUCACUGGAAGUCUCCGACAGUGAUGGGCCAGUGUCCCCCACACUGGACUCCAGCCAGAGGCAGCAUCCUUCUGAUGCUGCCUUCCCAGGGCCUGUGGUCCAGAACCCCUGCUGCGUGAACUCUGUCCAUCCUGAGGACUCCACAGGCAAACGCAGCAUGAUGAGCAGCCAGGCCCUCAGGGUCUCUUCUGGACUGCCGAGAACUCAGCCCUCCUUGCUGGCUGCAUCAGACAGGUGGCUGUUCUCAGAGCCAGUCGCUGGAGAGAAGCUUCCCAGGAACACAGGACAGGAGAGAGCGUCACUGGUGCAGUGUGUGCAGACAUUUUGCUGUCAGCUGGAAGAGCUGAUCUGCUGGUUGUAUAAUGUCACAGAAGUUGCUGACCUCACCCCUCCACCCAGGGCCACUCUCUCGGGUCUCAAGGCUUCUCUGCAGCUUUACCGGCAAUUUAAGAAAGAUAUAGACAAACAUCAGUCCCUGACAGAAAGUGUCCUGGAGAAGGGAGAGAUUCUUCUUCAGUGCCUGACGGAUAACACCCCAGUUUUAAAGGAUGUCCUCGGGAGGAUCGCAAAGCAGUCUGGAGAGCUGGAGAGCCAUGCAGACCACCUUUAUGACUCUAUCUUAGCCUCUUUGGACAUGUUGGCUGGCUGCACCCUCAUCCCUGACAACAGACCAACAGCAGCUAAAGAAGACCCGCGUGCAGGACUGUAACUGGCCUGCCUGUAACCCUGGCUGCCUUCUCUUUCAGGCAUAUCCCAGGCGGAGAUGGAGUCAUCAGCCAAGUAGGCUCUUGGGAAGAAAACUCAAAAACUCCUGCUCAGAAGAGCCAUUCAGCUGUGAAGGCAGGGGAGAGACUCAACUUGAACGUACUUGCUUUAAGAUGCCUUCCCCAUCUCUGAAGGUUCUCGAGUUACUGUUCUCAUUACAGUGAAUCCCUCCAAACUAAGGCUUUUCCUUUUGGUGCUUCUCUACCAAAAAUACAUGGCUUUACAGUGUUGAUAAAAUACUAGGAUUUACGGGUCUCAUGUACCCCCUUCUGUUUAGAAAAACAGCAGUUAAAACAUGUUGAGGCCAUUUACAGAAAGCUGCUCAAGAAAGGUUCUAAGUACUUGGAAUGAAUUCUCAGGUGUACAAGGGGAUGGGUCUAAGAGUGAGGAAGUGGGUGAUCAAAACCUUGGAUCUUUUCAUCACGUGGAGACUGGAAUUUUGUAAAUUCUGAAGAUUCUCGGCUAGCAGACAUGUUAACCUUUAACCUGCCACAGAGAAACACUUAGCUACAGAGCCCUUUGGGCAACAUGAGGUCAGCAGGGGCCAUCUUCAGUGGUUAGUCUCGACCUUCUUCCUAACUAUUUAUGCAUCAGAGAGCUGGAGGCUUGUGUCCGGCUUCUGGAAGGGAACGAAGCAAACGGUCAAGCUUUUGCUUACCUCGGGGCACUCGGUCGGUCCUCUGCUCCACUUUCCCCUGGAAGACUAGUCAGAGGACGGGGAUGGCUACAGCCACUGUCUGUCCUUACAGAAAUUAAAGCAGCCUAUGCUGAUGAGAAAAGAGAAAGUCUUUGUUUCUUGGUAGUUAACCGGUAGUUCUAGCCUUGUCAGGAAAAAAAAAAAAAUCCAUGAUCAGUAGUUCAAAGCAUCAGUUGCAACUUUUGAAGCAGAGUGAUUAUAUGCUGGUUACCACAAAUUCCACAAAGUAUCAAAGAUGGGUUUUUCAGCUUAAAAACAAAAACAAAAAGAUUUUAAAAGAUUAGCUCCUUAGACAGACAUGGUGGUACAGACUUUAAUCCUAGCCCUUGGAAGGAUCUUUUGAGGCCAGCCCGGUCUGUAUUAGAGUUUCAGGCUGGCCAGGGCUAUUGGAUGAGAAAAGGAUUACUACUUGGUAAGCUAUACAUACAUGAAGUACAGUGUUUUCACAUGCCUGCUGCCCUGCUACACAGUAUGGCUUACCAUAAUGUUCAUGGGCAAGACCCAAAUUAAACUGUUCUGAUCUGCCACUCUGAGUCAAGCUUAGUUCCUGCGUUGUACAUGGUGAAUAGUGUGCUUUCAAAAGGCAAAAGGAAAUGCUUUUCUAGCUAUUGAGAAUUGGUUAAAAAUCAGUACACUCACUAUUUGAUGUGGCUUUAAGUUGCCUUCUCAUCAGUGUGUUAGAGCAGCCCUCAGAAAGUAAGCCCGUUUGACAGGCCUGAGUCAGUCAGCGUGAAACCUGAAGAUGGCAGGACCUACACAACAGAGCGCGCCCGCUGGAUGCCGCGAGAUGCUCCUGUUCUUGUCAGUGUAAUUAGUCAGCUCAGCUGACAUGUUCAUUUUGGAAUACACUUUCCCAACAAAGCACUACCUUGCCUGAAGAUGGUCGAUGCAUUUGUUCACCCUCUUUGUAACAAAAAGAUACUUUUUUUGUAACUAAAAGGUGCAAACUCGAACCUUGGCUGUGAAUGCCACUUAGGAAUAUCAACACAAUUGUUAAUUAUAUCUUCUGCUGUGUGUUAAGAACUUUUGAGCUGAAAUUGUCUCAGCGUAGGAUGAUGCCAUCAUUUCCAUGUGCAAAUGUGGCCAGGGUAGAUUGACAUGACCAUGUUAGGAUUUACACAUGGUCCCUUAAAGUUCAUUUGCAUUCACAUAAAGUAGCAUUUCAACACAGGGUUCUUGGGGGUCUACAGCAAACCUCCAGCACAAAACAAAGAGGCUUCAAAGACAGGGCUGUUCUUAAAUGGAGCCCAAAAGAGGAGUGGGGGUGCAAGGUAUGCUGAAUGGCCAAGUAUGUGCUUGAGGGCACGUCUACCCAAGUAAGCACAGCAAGUUCGCGUGAGCCCAGUGACUACUGUUCAUUCAGGAUUCCAGCCAUGGCCACAGAGUAGAGUGUUCUUCAUAUUAUGCAAGUUACUGUGUGGUAGCCACUUAUUAUUUUUAAUGUAAUAUUUCUUUAUUAUGUCAACAAAUUAAAGCCCCCAAUGGUCUUGAAAUGCUUAUACUUGAAAAACAGGAUAUGUGUCCGUCCGUCCCCCCCAAGACUGCAUUUAUUGGCACAUACAUAAAAGCAAAUAGUGAAGUGUGUUGAAAUGGUGUUGUAAGCCCUAAUCUUGCUGCCUGUGGUGGAAAAACACUAGAAUUUUACAAAGUCUGUAAAUAUGUUUGUAUUAUAAAUGUUUUCUGCUAAUAAAGAAUAAGCCGACAGUUUGAACAACUUUUGCUAUUGUAAAAUUAAAGUGCAUGGCAUCA